GUUCAGUCUCGCUGGAAGCGUCCAAUAGACAAGUUGCAAAUAACGGAACUACACAAAAAACUGCAUUUCAAUUCUGUGCUUUGACAAAGGGAUUGUGCUGCUGCUGCUGCUGUUGCUGAGUCAGUCAAGCACCUGGUGUGGCAUCAACAUGCUUAAUCAAGCAUUGAUACUGCUCUUGGGUUUGAUCGCAGCCCCCUCGAGUGGCCAAGGAGCUCAGAUACUCGGACUGUUUGGACAUCCCGGCAAGAGUCACUUUGACUUCUUUCGCCCCAUGUUUGUGGAACUCGCGCAGCGUGGACACAACAUCAGCAUGUACAGCUAUUUCCCGCUGAAGCAGCCAGUGGCCAAUUACACGGAUUAUGUUUUCAAAGGCAUGCCGCUGCUGACAGACAUUGUGGAUCUGCAGAUCUUUGAACAGGAGUCGCAACUAUUGGGUUUCAUUCCCUUCAAGGUGCCCACGUUCUUCAUGCUCAACGAUUGGGGAUUGCGCUCCUGCAAGGUGGCCUUGAACUCACCGCUGAUUGCCGAUCUGUUGAGCUCCCCCUUGCGCUAUGAUGUUAUCAUCAUGGAGCAUUUCUCCAACGAUUGCUUGGCUUCUGUGGCGCACCUCUUGGAUGCUCCAGUCAUUGCUCUGAGUAGUUGUGCCAUUAUGCCGUGGCAUUACAAACGCAUGGGCACACCGUUCAUUAACCCCACGAUGCCCAUGAGUUUUCUGACCUACACGGAUCAAAUGGAUUUUAUGGCUCGACUCAAUAACUUCUUACACUUUCACACUGUCAAUGUGCUUUACAAUUUCAUUACACAGCCAGCCACGGACGCGCUGAUAAGCCAACGCUUUGGCUUUGGCCUACCGCCGAUUAAUGAAAUUGUGAAGAACACAAGUCUCAUGCUCAUAAAUCAACAUCAUUCCCUGACUGGCGCCCAGCCUUAUGCUCCCAACGUAGUCGAAGUGGGAGGGCUGCAAGUGGGAAAGGCAAAACCUCUUCCGAAGCACCUGGAACAACUUUUCAACUCAUCCAGUCAAGGUGUCAUCUAUAUAAGCUGGGGUUCGAUGGUCAAUCCCAGUACGUUGCCUCCUCUCAAGCGUCAGGCCUUAUAUGAUGCAAUCUCUAAGCUGCCCGGCUACACCUUUGUAAUGCGCAUGAACAAUCAAACUGGAAACGAGGGCAAGCCCAAGAAUCUCUUCAACUACGAGUGGCUGCCACAGCGGGAUCUGUUGUGUCAUCCCAAGGUCAAGGCCUUCGUUUCACAUGGCGGACUCUUGGGCACCACGGAAGCUGUCUACUGUGGCGUCCCAAUGCUGGUGACACCCUUCUAUGGAGAUCAGUUCCUCAAUGCUGGAGCGGUAGAACAACGACGCUUUGGUGUUAUUGUCAGCUUUAAUGAGUUUGAUGAGCCACAUCUAAGCCAGGCUCUCAACACCAUACUGAACGAGAAUUUUGCAUCACAAAUGAAACGUUCGACUGUUGCCUUCCGAGAGAGGCCCCAAGAACCUCUCGAACUGGCGAUCUGGUGGAUCGAGCAUGUGAUCGCCACUGGUGGAGCUCCCCUAUCACGAAGUGUGGCCAGGAAUAUCAAUUGGCUUGUCUACAACUCAUUCGACAUCUACGUGUUCUGCCUUAGCAUCGUUCUAUUGUUCUUCAUCGCACUCUGGCAGCUAUCAAAGCUCCUCAAAUGGGCUGGUGACAAGUUUAGCAGUUCGACGAAACCCAAAACAAAAAAUUCUACAUAUUCACCAACUAAAAAGAUGUCGCGAAUGUUGCUGAUGUUGCCGCUGUUGCUGUCGACGCUGCACAUCUUGGGCCACCAAGUGGAUGCAGGUCGUCCACUGAAGGUGCUCGGAUUGUUUCCGCAUCCCGGCGUCAGUCAUUUCCACUUCUUUCAACCCAUCAUGCAUGCGCUGGCCGAGGGUGGACACGACGUCAGUGUGGUUAGUCAUUUUCCUAGUAAAAAUCCACCCAUACGCUACAAGGAUUUUCCGCUUACCGGCAUGGACAAGCUAACGAAUAGUGUGGACCUCAAGUUUUUCGAAAAGCGCGCCUUCUACAAUCACUUUGUGGAAUUCUUUUUGCUCCACGAAUGGGGCAAGCAGUCGUGCAAUUCGACACUGCGCUCGGAUGCGUUGCAGACGAUCCUUAAGAAGAAGGCAGGCUACUAUGACGUCAUCGUGAUGGAACAAUUCAACACGGACUGCAUGAUGGGCGUGGCGCAUCAACUACAAGCCCCCAUCGUCGCCUUGAGCAGUUGUGCUCUGAUGCCCUGGCACUAUGAACGCAUGGGAGCACCCAUAAUCCCCUCCCACAUCCCGGCACUCUUUAUGGCCCAAUCACAGGACAUGGACUUUGCAGGUCGCCUGGCCAAUUGGUUCACCUUUCACGCACUCAACUGGAUGUACAAACUGAUCUCGAUUCCCGCUGCGGAUGCUUUGGUGCAGUACAAGUUUGGCCAUGAUUUGCCCUCAGUGGGUGAGCUGGCGAAGAACACAUCUGUGUUCCUGGUAAAUCAACACUAUUCCCUCAGUGGACCCAAGCCUCUGCCCCCCAAUGUCAUCGAGGUGGGCGGCCUACACAUUCAGAAAUCCAAACCGUUGAGUGCUGAAUUGCAGCGACUUCUGGACAGUGCUGAGGAAGGCGUCAUCCUCAUCAGUUGGGGCUCCAUGAUACGAGCAAAUUCGUUGUCGACCGCCAAGCGGGAUGGCAUUGUACGUGCCGUGGCUCGACUUAAGCAGCAGGUGAUCUGGAAGUGGGAGAAUGAGACGUUGCCCAACAAACCAGCCAACAUGCACAUCAUGAAGUGGUUGCCACAACGCGAUAUUCUCUGUCAUCCCAAUGUGAAGGUGUUUAUGACCCACGGCGGUUUAAUGGGCAGCUCGGAAGCGGCUUACUGUGGAGUGCCAACCGUUAUAACGCCCAUGUAUGGUGAUCAGUUCCUCAAUGCCGCUGCUUUGGUGCAGCGUGGCAUGGGAGAGCUGCUUAACUACGAGGACAUUUCCGAGAACAGCGUAAUGCGGUCCUUGAAGCGUGCCCUAGAUCCUAAAUAUGCCGAGGCUGCCAAGAUUGUGUCCCAUUCCUUCCACCAUCGACCACAGCAGGCGUUGCAAUCAGCGAUCUGGUGGGUGGAGCAUGUUGCCCACACAGGCGGAGAUCACCUUAUCAAACCUAGUUCUGUGGAGAUGUCACGUUUCGUCUACUACUCACUGGAUGUUUACCUUGUUGUGGGCAGCAUUCUGGCCAUUGUCAUUAUUAGUUGGGUUUCCCUCAUCCAGCGAUGCCGCGGCAAGAGACCAGAGCAGAAAAACAAGCGGGAUUCUAUUACAUAUUCGAAAGAAUACUUGCGAAGUAUUCGAAAAUUAAUUAUGAAUCUGUGUAAAAUGGGUUCAAAAUGCAAUUGGAUGUGGUUGCUGCUCUUUUCACUGUUUUCCUGUCUGGAUACAAGUCAUUCCCUUAAGAUCUUGGGCCUCUUUCCGCAUCCAGCCAUCAGUCACUUUCAGUUCUUUCACCCGAUUCUGCGCGGUCUGGCGGAAAGUGGUCACAACGUGGAUGUCAUUAGUCCGUAUCCGGAUGCACAGCCACCACUUGGCUACACAGACUAUCCGCUAGCCAGUAAUUUCAGCAUUACACUGGAUUUUAAUAUCUUUGAGGGACGUCGCCUGUUAUUUCUGCUGCCUUAUGUGGAUUUCUCUUAUCUCUAUGCCUAUGGCAACGAUGCUUGCCGCGAGACACUUUACAGCGAUGGAUUGGAGCAGGUGCUCAAGCAUCCACCAGGCUAUUAUGAUGUCAUACUCAUGGAGCACUUCAACACGGAUUGCCUAAUGGGCGUGGCCUACAAGUUAAAAGCUCCGGUUGUGGCACUCUGCAGCUCCGCCAUGAUGCCCUGGCACUACGAACGCGUGGGCGCUCCCUUGAUUCCAUCGUAUAUAUCUGCUCUGUUUCUGGGUCAAUCACAGCAGAUGGACUUUGGCGCACGUCUGGGUAACUGGGUGGCCACACACUCGCUCAACUUGCUCUACAAGUUGUGGAAUGUGCCUGCUGCUGAUGAGCUGCUGUUACAAAGAUUUGGCCCUGGCAUUCCAAGCACUGCUGAGCUGGUGAAGAACACCUCAUUAAUACUCCUCAACCAGCACUUCUCGCUGAGUGGCCCCAAGCCACUGCCACCCAAUGUCAUCGAGGUGGGCGGCGUGCACGUCCGGCAGCCUAAGCCUUUAAGUUCGCAGCUGCAGCAGUUACUGGAUAAUGCCGAGCAUGGCGUGAUUGUCAUCAGCUGGGGAUCGCAACUCAAGGCGCAUUCUUUAAAUAGCGAGAAGCGUGAUGGCUUGCUGCGUGCAUUGGCGCGUCUCAGGCAACAGGUGAUCUGGAAGUGGGAGAACGAAACGUUGCCCAAUCAGCCAUCAAACGUCCACAUCAUGAAGUGGCUGCCACAAAGAGACAUACUGGGACAUCCCAAUUGCGCAUCUUUUUUCACACAUGGUGGACUGCUUGGCCUAACCGAAGGCGUCUCCAGUGGAGUGCCCAUCGUUGGUAUGCCCAUUUGUGGUGAUCAGUUCCUGAACAUUGCUUCGCUGGUCGAACGUGGCAAUGCAGUAAACUGGACUUUGCCACCCUCAGUGAGGAGACUGUUUUUUGAGGCUUUGUCCCUUGCCUUGAAUCCGGAGUACAAGUUGAAUGCCCAAAGGAUUGCCACCGCAUACAAUAACCGCCCACAGCCGCCGUUGGACACUGCCGUGUGGUGGGUGGAGCAUGUGGCAGAGACACGUGGUGCACCACUGCUGCAGCCCAGUGCUGUGCAUCUCAGUCGCUUUGUUUACUACUCGCUGGACGUGUACUCGGCCAUUGCUGGCGUGCUGCUAAUAAUCCUCAUCAGCUUUGUGGCACUCUGGCGUCUCUGCUGCCGCUCCAAGCCCAAGCGGAAGCAGAAAUCCAAGCGCAAUUAA